GGGCGGAAGGCAAGGCGGCUGCGUCUCUUCCUCCUCCUCCUCCUGGCGCUGCCCCCCGCUCAUGGCGACAUUGGGCACAUCCGGGCUUUUCUUCCUUCGGCGGCCGCCGCCGCCGCCGCUAACGUCGCUGCUGCUGCUGCUCUGAGCCGCGGCCGGCCCGACUCCAUUAGCGGGUCCCGUCCCUCCCCGCCCCUGCUUGCCCGCCCGCCUUUCCUCCCUCCCUCCCUCUCUCUCCCCGCCGCGUCCCUGGCGGGGAGGGCCCGAGAACGGCUGCGCCGCAUUCCCGGAGGAUCCACGGUGUCAUGUCCAACCAGGGCCCCCGGAGGAACGGGCCCGUCAAGCUGCGCCUGACAGUUCUCUGUGCAAAAAAUUUGGUGAAAAAGGAUUUUUUCAGACUUCCUGAUCCAUUUGCUAAAGUGGUGGUGGACGGAUCUGGCCAGUGCCAUUCUACUGAUACUGUGAAGAAUACCCUUGAUCCAAAGUGGAAUCAGCAUUAUGACUUAUACAUUGGAAAGUCUGACUCUAUAACAAUCAGUGUAUGGAACCACAAGAAAAUCCAUAAAAAACAGGGAGCUGGUUUUCUGGGUUGUGUGAGACUUCUUUCUAAUGCUAUCAACCGCCUCAAAGACACUGGUUAUCAGAGAUUAGAUCUCUGCAAACUUGGACCAAAUGACAAUGAUACAGUUAGAGGACAGAUAGUAGUAAGUCUUCAGUCCAGGGACCGGAUAGGCACAGGAGGGCAAGUUGUUGAUUGCAGUAGACUAUUUGACAAUGAUUUACCUGAUGGCUGGGAAGAAAGGAGGACAGCCUCUGGAAGAAUUCAGUAUUUGAAUCAUAUCACACGAACAACACAGUGGGAGAGACCAACACGGCCAGCAUCGGAAUAUUCCAGUCCUGGCAGACCUCUGAGUUGCUUUGUGGAUGAGAACACACCUCUUACAGGAAUAAAUGGUGCAACAUGUGGACAGGCAUUUGACCCCAGGCUCGCGGAAAGGAGAGUUAGAUCUCAGAGGCAUAGGAAUUACAUGAGCAGGACCCAUCUGCAUACUCCUCCUGAUCUACCUGAGGGAUAUGAGCAAAGGACAACUCAGCAAGGGCAGGUGUAUUUCCUACAUACUCAAACCGGUGUAAGCACAUGGCACGAUCCCCGUGUACCUCGGGAUCUUAGCAACAUCAAUUGUGAAGAGCUUGGGCCAUUGCCUCCUGGAUGGGAAAUCCGAAACACAGCCACAGGCAGAGUUUAUUUUGUUGAUCAUAACAACAGGACCACACAGUUUACAGAUCCACGGCUAUCAGCUAAUUUGCACCUGGUUCUAAAUCGUCAAAAUCAACUUAAAGAUCAGCCGCAGCAGCAGCAACAAGUUGUUUCACUGUGCCAACUUUCAGACGAGGCUGAAUGUCUUACUGUGCCAAGGUACAAACGAGAUCUAGUACAAAAACUCAAGAUUUUGAGGCAAGAGCUCUCCCAGCAGCAGCCCCAAGCUGGACACUGCCGUAUAGAGGUCUCCAGGGAAGAAAUUUUUGAGGAGUCUUAUAGACAAGUCAUGAAGAUGAGACCGAAAGACCUAUGGAAGAGAUUAAUGAUAAAAUUUCGUGGGGAAGAAGGCCUUGAUUAUGGAGGUGUUGCCAGGGAAUGGCUGUACUUGCUAUCCCAUGAAAUGCUGAAUCCAUAUUAUGGCCUCUUCCAGUAUUCCCGUGAUGACAUCUAUACUUUACAGAUAAAUCCAGAUUCUGCUGUUAACCCGGAACAUUUAUCCUACUUCCAUUUUGUUGGUCGAAUCAUGGGAAUGGCUGUGUUUCACGGACAUUAUAUUGAUGGGGGCUUUACGUUGCCUUUUUAUAAACAGCUGCUAGGAAAGCCAAUUACAUUGGACGACAUGGAAUUAGUUGACCCAGAUCUUCACAACAGUUUAGUAUGGAUACUGGAGAAUGAUAUUACAGGAGUCUUAGACCAUACAUUUUGUGUGGAGCACAAUGCAUAUGGUGAAAUCAUACAGCACGAACUUAAGCCGAAUGGCAAAAGCAUUCCUGUCACAGAAGAGAGUAAAAAAGAAUAUGUCAGGUUGUAUGUAAACUGGCGAUUUUUAAGAGGAAUUGAAGCUCAGUUCUUGGCUCUGCAGAAGGGUUUUAAUGAAGUAAUUCCACAGCAUCUGCUGAAGACAUUUGAUGAGAAGGAACUAGAGCUCAUCAUUUGUGGCCUUGGGAAAAUAGAUGUUAACGACUGGAAGGCCAACACAAGGUUAAAACAUUGCACCCCAGAUAGCAACAUUGUCAAGUGGUUCUGGAAAGCUGUGGAGCUCUUUGAUGAAGAGAGGAGGGCUCGAUUGCUUCAGUUUGUGACCGGUUCAUCCAGAGUGCCUCUUCAGGGUUUCAAAGCAUUACAAGGUGCUGCUGGCCCAAGACUGUUUACCAUUCACCAGAUUGAUGCCAGCACAAAUAAUCUGCCAAAAGCUCAUACUUGCUUCAAUCGGAUAGACAUUCCUCCUUACGAAAGCUAUGAGAAGCUCUAUGAAAAGCUGCUAACCGCCAUUGAAGAAACAUGUGGGUUUGCCGUGGAAUGAUCAUUUGCAGACCUGCAUGGAACUGAAUUUAUACUCCAAGCAGAAAAUCCUUUCCUCAGCCAUGAUACAAUAAAUGCUUGAAAUAUAGGAAACUCCUCCCCCACUUUUCUUUUUUCUUUUCCCCUACCAGAGGACAAUAUGAGGGAAAGGACCAUUUUUGGAAUUCUUCAUUCAAGAAAAUGUUCUGUGGCUCCUGCCAAGGAAUAAUUCAGCUGCUAUUAAAAACUAGUAUCUUGAACAAGCAGAAUGCUGACUUUUCCUUCAUUUCAACAGUUAAGCAGUAUUCUCUUUGAAAGACGACUACUAUUUUUGUAAAAAGUGAUCUGAUCCGUUUGCUUACCCGAUUUCUACUAUCAGAGGUCCAAGGGGACAGCUCUUGGUACAUGCCACAUUCCAGUUGACUUAUAUAAAUGUGAUUCUGAAUAGCACCUGUACUUGCUAUUUUUUUAAAUAAAGUAUUUUGAUUAUUCCAACUUUUGCAUAAAAUUGGCUAAAGGAAUCACAAACCUUUUAAAGUAAGGCCACUUCAAAGUAUCAACUGUAUUUUCUUAUACAGUGCAAUGAUUUUAUUCUGUGUUAUGGGUUCAAUUUCAGUGGUCCUGUGUCAGGAUUUUUAUAUUUCUCAAGCAUGAUUUAUAAGGUUUGGAUCUUCAAUCAGAUUUUUCUAGCAGAAUCUUACCUGAAUUAAAUUGCACUGCAUUUGGUACAGUACUUUGUGGUAAAUGUGGAAAGCCCUUUUUUAAAAUGUAGGCGUUCAGCAUUUUUUAAAUGAGCAUUUUUGUAAAAAGUCAAUACUUGAGGCGUUUUUUUAAAAAAAAUUGCUUUCCAUUUUAAAUGGAACUGCUGCAUUUUUUAGACUCCUAAAAAUAUAAGGAUGAUAUCAUUAGCCUUCAUAGAUCAUCAGUUGAUUGUUCAAAACACUCUGUGGAUGUCAAAUCAACCAAAGCUUUUAUGUUCAGAUACAACCAGCCUGCACUGUAUAUUAGUUGUUGCUCAAUAAUCUGAUCCAGAUAAAAUUGCCUUUACUUUGAACUGCUUGUAGUCAAUGAGUUUGUGGUAGUGACAAAUAAAGGAACAACACCUCCCCCCCACACACACACAAUAUAGUUGAUUCAGCGAUGAAAUACUGAUGUGGUAUAAUGUGCUCCGUUAAGCAGCUGGCUCAGAUACAUAGAAGUUGCCUUUGUUUUAAUGCAAGCAUGUAUGGAAUGCUUAAAAAGCAAAAGGCAUCUUCUAAUACUGGUGAUUUAUAUUCAGAUUUGAACACAGUCCUUAAUUGUUAAGAUGUGCGUUUGUUGAAGGUGGCUCAUAUAUUGAAGCUUUCCGUGCAAUUCUGUGUGGCUGCUAAGACAAGAACAACAGCUGGUAUAAAAAUUGCUGAAUGUCAUAAUCAGUAUGUUUAUCGUUAAUGCUAAUAUUUUCCAUGCGUCCUACUUAACCUAUGUGGCAGAUUAAAGUAGAGCUUGCAUGUGUUGAACUAGCCCUCAUUCAGCAAUGCUGCAAACUUAAAAAGUUCAGCUGCUUACCUUUCCACAGUCAAGGGACAGUAAACAAUGCAAUGCAUGCUCUAAGAACUAAUUGUAAGCCACCACUUUUUAUUAUUACUAUUAUUAUUAUUAUUAUACUGAUAAUCAAGAGUGCCAAUUACACUUCGAAAACUGUGUAGCUUUGCUGGUCGAUCUUUAAGAAAAUGUUUUAAAAGAAGGUGAAGGAAAGGCAAGAAGGGCAAAGCAUGUUCACUCACUAUAUGUAGUGUUUCAUUUCUGACUUGGUCCAAGUGCUGAUCCUGGAGUCUAGCGGGUUUGUAUGGCAAUUGCCAGUUCCAUCAGGUGCACAUUGCAUUUUGAGGAUAAAGUGUAGUUUUCAUUUGACUGUUUGUUCUUGAAAUAAUUUCAUGGUACCUUUGUUAAUGCAAAAAGGCAGAAAUAUUGGAAUAAGAAGCAAUUGCACAAAUUAGACAAUUGUAGUCUAGGAGUUGGUGAUGAUAGAUGGUCUAUUUAUGAUUCAUAGUUGAACAGAAAUAAUACAGUUUCUGGUAGAUUAGAUUACUGUUUAUGGUCUCUGCAGCAUUACAGUUAUUCAAAGCCUGCUACUGAGGCAUGUGUGGCAGCUUAGUUCCAGAGUAGAGAGUUGGUCGCCCUUCAGAAGUGUUGGAUUUUACCUUCUAGCGAUUCUGGUCAGCACCAUCAGUAAUAGGUUGUGAAGGUUUGCUACAAAAUAUCUGUCGAGCACCAGUUUAUCCGCUCCCAAUAAAAUAAAUUUGAAGCUGAUAAGAAACAAGCCCUUAUUCCCAGUUAGGAUAUCUUCUUUUGUGCCUGUCUGAAGUUAUUAUUAUUUUUUCUUCAGAUCAUCUCUGGGAUAAUCUCUGCCUUUUUCAGCUGAUCUUUCAGGUUUCAGGAAUAGCGUUGAUUUAUUUUCUAAAAGUUGAAUGAAGAACUUAUGGAGCCUUGGUUUUCAUACACCAUUGAGCACCUCUGAAGGUGGAUUCCUGCCUUUUAUAAUUGACCAUUCAGGUCUUUUCUUUUGUAUGUAAACGAACUCCUCGGGAGCUUCUUGGAGAAGUAGAUUGUAUCUAAAACCCACUUUGUUUCUUGCUCCAUAAGGAAAAUCUACCUGUUCUUCCUUUUCUGCAGACUUACCAUUAGAUUGGCAGUAAUAGCCUUGUCUUGUCUUGUUUAAGAUGCCUCUAUUUUGAAUAGGAUAAAACCUAGCAAUCUUAAGAGUGGAAAUUGA